UUUUAAUGGAGGCACCCUGUUUUAGGGUUUCAAAACAUUCUUGCAUCGUGUCCACUGUCCAGUCUGCUGCAUCGCGAACGGGCAAAAGCUGAAAUUAGGGCAAAUCAAAGAUGAUCAUACCAGUUCGUUGCUUUACUUGCGGGAAGGUUAUUGGAAACAAAUGGGACACCUAUCUUGAUCUUCUGCAGGCGGAUUAUACCGAAGGAGAUGCCCUUGAUGCGCUGGGGUUGGUUCGGUAUUGUUGUAGAAGAAUGCUUAUGACACAUGUUGACCUCAUUGAGAAGCUUCUAAACUACAACACUCUGGAGAAGUCUGAAGGCAGUUGAGGAUGCCCAUGGAGUUAAGAACACUAGUGCCGUGUCGUACGUUUAUUGAGCAGUGUAAUUGGCCUUGAGUAGCUGGUAAAAAAGUCGUGUCAUGGUGUUAUAUGGAAUGGGUUGAAGCAGCAAACUGUUGGAGAUACUUUUGAGUUUUAAGCUGGCUAUGUGACUGUCAGUUUUAAUUUCUACAAUCCUAUUGGUUCCAUUGGCUUGCUAAUGCUUGUUGAACCUAUUUACUAGCAAUAACCUGUUCAGAAGUUUCCUUGUUUGAUA